AUGGUCAGAAGCUGCUCUGAUGGUCCUGGCUCCACCCAGGUGGCCCUCACCCUUCAUCAGGUGACCCUCUCUCCUCCCCAGGUGGCCUGCUUAAAAAGCGAUGAGGAGGAGGAGGAAGGGUGACAUCAUCCUGUUCUUGGUCUUCAUCCACCUGCAGUCWUCCUGUCACUUCUCUGGAGUUCAGCCUUCAUCGUGGAUCCACUGAAGAUCUGAGCAGUGAGUAAAACUCUUACACUCAUUUUUCUCUGCUGAAACAUUUCUGCUGAAUCAGCAGGAAUGUUCUGGUUGGAUUUAUUAAAGGACAGGAAACACCAGUGAUUUUUAAAGAAGCACUGUGUUUAGUUGAAAUGAGCUGUAAAACAGCUAAAGGUGUGUGUGUGAGUGGAGGCUGUGGUUUCUGGCUCCAAGUCUUCCUGGGAGCAGUAAAAAGUUGAUAUUGAUCCCAGACUGGAGGUCUGCAGCCACACAUGGACAGGUCCUCUGACUCGGCAGCGUUUGGUGAAAACGCUGAGCUUGGCUGGACUCACCUUAUAAGGUGAGGAGCAGCAAAGAUCUUAGCAUCCUGUGAGGAGCACACAGCUAGCAGCAGCCAAACAUGGGCAUGGCAGCAUGGCAGCUGUCCUGUCUGAUUCCAGCUCUUAUCUGCCUCCUGCUUUUCAUCUUUUACUGCCUGCUGCUCAGCAACAGGUCCCAGGACUCCCAGCAGCCCUGCCACCUGGACCAGGACCGGCUCACCUGCACCUGUCAGCCAGACGUCCAGCUGUGGUCAGAGGUCAGGCUAUCGUCUCAGACGUCUAACAUCACAGACCCUGACAUCGUCUCAAACACCUCCCAACUUCCUCCAGACGUUCCCACAGCUUCCAGCCUGCAGACCCAACGCACCGACGCUUCCAACAUGGCCGACAUGCCCGCCGAUGACAGCAAGUACCUCUUCCUGGAAAACGACUUCCGCAACAGUGGCGUGGCCCAGGCCGACUGGGCCGCCAAGAARAUGGUGUGGGUUCCAUCGGAGCGGGAGGGCUUCGAGGCGGCCAGCAUCAAGGAGGAGAAGGGAGAGCAGGUCGUGGUGGAGCUGUCCAACAGUCACAAGGUGACGAUCAACAAAGACGACAUCCAGAAGAUGAAUCCACCAAAGUUCAGUAAAGUGGAGGACAUGGCCGCCCUCACCUUCCUGAACGAAGCCUCYGUCCUUCACAACCUGCGGGAGAGAUACUUCUCCAGCCUGAUCUACACGUACUCAGGUCUGUUCUGUGUGGUGGURAACCCCUACAAGAUGCUGCCCAUCUACUCAGAGAAGAUCAUYGAGAUGUACAAAGGCAAGAAACGCCACGAGGUUCCCCCUCACAUCUACUCCAUCACAGACAACGCCUACAGGAACAUGCUUCAAGACCGGGAGGAUCAGUCCAUCCUCUGCACGGGCGAGUCCGGAGCUGGGAAGACAGAAAACACCAAGAAGGUCAUUCAGUACUUGGCUGUUGUGGCGUCUUCACACAAAGGCAAGAAGGAUGUUAACCCUCAGCAGCAGGCAGGAUCUCUGGCCUACGGGGAGCUGGAGAAGCAGCUGCUGCAGGCCAACCCCAUCCUGGAGGCCUUCGGCAACGCCAAGACCAUCAAGAACGACAACUCGUCACGAUUUGGGAAAUUCAUCAAACUCAACUUUGACGUGACGGGGUUCCUGGUGGGAGCAAACAUCGAUACCUACCUGCUGGAGAAGUCUCGCUGCAUCCGUCAGGCCAACACGGAGCGAGCCUUCCACAUCUUCUACUACAUGGUGGCUGGAGCCAAGGACAAGAUGAGGGACGAGCUGCUCCUGGAGGACUUCAGCAGGUACCGCUUCUUGAUGGCGGGUCACGUGGAGAUCCCGGGUCAACAGGACGAUGAGCUGUUUGAUGAAACUCUGGAGGCCAUGGAGAUCAUGGGCUUCACGGAGGAGGAGAGACUAGGGAUGCUGAAGGUGGUUUCCACYGUGCUCCAGCUGGGAAACAUCUCGUUUGAGAAGGAGAGGAACAGCGAGCAGGCCACCAUGCCCGACAACACCGCGGCACAGAAGGUGUGCCACCUGCAGGCCAUCAACGUGACGGACUUCACCCGCGCCAUCCUCACCCCCAGGAUCAAGGUGGGCAGGGAGGUGGUCCAGAAGGCCCAGACCAAGCAGCAGGUACCAGAACACRGAGGUUCAGUGUGGUUCACCUGUCAUCACUCAAACAUCUCCUCCUUCAACAACAACCCCCCAGGUAUCCUGGCCCUGCUGGACGAGGAGUGCUGGUUCCCCAAAGCCACGGAUCAGUCCUUCGUGGACAAACUGCUCAACACCCACACAGGUCACGUCAAGUUCUCCAAACCCAAACAGCAUAAAGAGAAGCUGAUGUUCACCGUGCUGCACUACGCCGGCAAGGUGGAUUAUAACGCAGCCAACUGGCUGACAAAGAACAUGGACCCUCUGAACGACAACGUCACGGCUCUGCUCAACAACUCCUCCAGCAGCUUCAUCCAGGACCUGUGGAAGGAUGUGGACAGGGUGGUGGGUCUGGACACCAUCACCAAGAUGUCUGAGAGUUCUGCUCCCAGCUCCACCAAAUCCAAGAAGGGCAUGUUCCGUACGGUGGGUCAGCUGUACAAAGAGUCUCUGAGCAAACUGAUGACCACGCUGCACAACACCCAGCCCAACUUCGUCCGCUGCAUCAUCCCCAACCACGAGAAACGGGUGAGUGCUGCUGUUACCUGUCUGUCUGCACCUGGGUAUGAGAUCCUGGCAGCUAACGCCAUCCCUAAAGGCUUCAUGGAUGGAAAACAGGCAUGCUGUCUGAUGGUAAAACACCUGGAUCUGGACCCGAACCUGUACCGCAUCGGUCAGAGUAAGAUGUUCUUCAGGACGGGCGUUUUGGCUCAGCUGGAGGAAGAGCGAGACCUGAAACUGACCGUGGUCAUCAUCGCCUUCCAGGCACAAGCCCGAGGCUUCUUGGCCAGAAAGGCUUUCAGCAAACGUCAGCAGCAGCUGAGCGCCAUGAAGGUCCUCCAGAGGAACUGUGCCUGUUACCUGAAACUGCGAGUCUGGCAGUGGUGGAGGCUCUUCACCAAGGUCAAGCCCCUGCUGCAGGUGACCCGACAGGAGGAGGAAAUGGGUCAGAAAGAGGAGGAGCUAAAAGCUGUGAGGGAGGUGGCGUUGAAGGCGGAGUCUGAGCUGAAGGACAUCAGUCAGAAACACGCUCAGCUGAUGGAGGAGCGGUCACAGCUGGAGCUGAAGCUUCAGGCGGAGACAGAGCUGUACGCCGAGGCCGAGGAGAUCAGGGUGCGUCUGGAGGCCAAGAAGCAGGAGCUGGAGGAGGUGCUGCAYGAGAUGGAGGCUCGUCUGGAGGAGGAGGAGGAGCGCAGCAUCUCCCUGCAGCAGGAGAAGAAGGACAUGGAGCAGCAGCUCCAGCUGAUGGAGGCGCACAUCAGGGAGGAGGAGGACGCUCGGCAGAAGCUGCAGCUGGACAAAGCUGCUGUGGAGCUGAAGGUGAAGAAGCUGGAGGAAGACGUCCUGCUGGUGGAGGACCACAACAACAAGCUGCAGAAGGAGAGGAAACUCCUGGAGGAGCGUCUGGCUGACAUGAGCUCCAACCUGGCCGAGGAGGAGGAGAAGUCUAAAAAUCUGACCAAACUGAAGACCAAACACGAGUCCAUGAUCUCAGACCUGGAGGUUCGUCUGAAGAAGGAGGAGAAGUCUCGUCAGGAUGUAGAGAAGGCCAAGAAGAAGGUGGAGGCGGAGCUUGUGGAACUGCAGGACAACUACGCUGACCUGCAGGCGCAAAUAGCUGAGUUAAGAACUCAGUUAGCAGCUAAAGAAGAAGAGCUGCAAGCUACGCUAAACCGUUUGGAAGAGGAGAGCGGUCAACGUGCAGCUGUGGUGAAGCGAGUUCGGGAGCUGGAGAUGAUGCUUUCAGAGCUUCAGGAGGACCUGGAAGCAGAGAAGGUGGCAAGGGCGAAGGCUGAGGCAGCUCGCAGGGACCUGGGGGAGGAACUAAAUGCUCUGCGGUCUGAGCUGGAGGACAGUCUGGAUGUGACGGCGGCCCAGCAGGAGUUACGAGCGAAGCGGGAACAGGAAGUAGCCAUGCUGAAGAAGACUAUGGAGGAGGAAGGCCGGAACCAUGAGGCCCAAAUCCAGGACCUCAGACAGAAACACAACCAGGCUGUGGAGGAGCUCACUGAGCAGCUGGACCAAGCCAAGAGGGUGAGGUCCACUCUGGAGAAAUCCAAACACGCCCUGGAGAAAGAGACGGCAAGUCUGAGUUCUGAGCUUCGGUUGCUCACCGGCUCCAAACAGGAAGUGGAGCACAAGAAGAAGAAGAUGGAGGCUCAGCUGAACGACUUAAACUCACGCUUCAAUGAGAGUGAACGGCAGCGAAAUGAGCUGGAAGAGCGGGUCUCCAAGACCACUAUGGAGCUGGACAAUGUGACGGCUUUACUGAAUGAGGCUGAAGGAAAGAACAUCAAGCUGAGUAAAGAUGUCUCCAGUCUGUCCUCUCAGCUUCAGGACACACAGGAGCUGCUGUCUGAGGAAACCCACCAGAAGCUGAGCCUGUCUGGACRUUUGAGGCAGAUGGAGGAGGACAGGAACAGCCUAUUGGAGCAGCUGGAGGAGGAGACAGAGGUCAAACGGUCCAUGGAGAAGCAGGUGUCCAGUCUCAACAUGCAGCUGUGUGAGCAGAAGAAGAAGCUGGACGAUGUGUCGGUGACAGUGGAGAUGCUGGAGGAGGGGAGAAGGCGUCUGCAACGUGAGCUGGAAGCAGCUGUCGGCGAGUUGGAGGAGAAGUCUUCAGCUUAUGAUAAGCUGGAGAAGAGCCGAGGGCGUCUGCAGCAGGAGCUGGAGGACAUCCUGGUGGACCUGGACACCCAGAGACAGCUGGUGUCCAACCUUGAGAAGAAGCAGAAGAAGUUUGAUCGGAUGCUGGCAGAAGAGCGAGCCGUGUCCUCUAAGUUCACAGAGGAGCGAGAUCGAGCAGAGGCGGAGGUGAGGGAGAAGGAGACAAAGAUUUUAUCUCUGAGCAGAGCUCUAGAGGAGAGGCAGGAGGUCCUGGAGGAGGCAGAGAAGACCAUGAAGGCCCUUCGAGCUGAGAUGGAGGAUCUCAUCAGCUCCAAAGAUGACGUGGGGAAGAACGUUCAUGACCUGGAGAAGGCCAAGCGGGGCCUGGAGGCCAUGGUGGAGGAGAUGAGGACGCAGAUGGAGGAGCUGGAGGACGAGCUGCAGGUCGCAGAGGAUKCCAAGCUGCGUCUGGARGUCAACARUCAGGCUCUGAAGGCUCAGCAUGAGCGGGAGCUGCAGGCCCGCGAGGAGCUGGGAGAGGAGAAGAAGAAGCAGCUCCUCAGACAGGUGCGUGAGCUGGAGGCRGAGCUUGAGGAGGAGAGGAAGCAGCGAGCUCAGGUGUCUGCCUCCAAGAAGAAGCUGGAAGGAGAGCUGAAGGACUCAGAGGAGCAGCUGGAGGCUUCCAGCAGGGGCCGAGAGGAGGCGCUAAAGCAGCUCCGCAAAGUCCAGGUCUCUGAUGUCUGAUGAGAAACGUCGUCUGGAGGUGAAGAUCAGUCAGCUGGAGGAGGAGCUGGAGGAGGAGCAGAUCAACAUGGAGAACCUGAACGAGCGUCUGAGGAAGAGCCAGCAGCUGGUAAAACCUGAG